UGUGACGCCGCAAGGCAUCCGUCCGCUUGCGGACAAGAUCGAGGCCCUACGAGUAUGGCCAGAGCCCACCAACACCACGGACGUUCGUUCAUUCAUGGGGUUUGCGGGCUACUAUCAGCGAUUCAUCACCGGAUACUCCAGGAUUGCUGCACCUAUGACGAGGUUACAGUCGCCAAAGGUGCCAUUCGUAUUCGAUGACGACGCACGYCGGUCAUUCCAAGCACUUAAGACGACUAUGCUCAUGGCACCCGUCCUUAGCAUCUAUGACCCCACCCUGCCGACGCGAGUGACUACGGACGCUUCCGGCUAUGGCAUUGGGGCAGUCUUGGAACAGCACGACGACGACGAAUGGCACCCUGUGGAGUAUUUCAGCCACAAAGUGCCUCUCAUCAAUUCGCUUGAUGAUGCAAGGAAGAAGGAGCUGCUCGCAUUCGUGAUGGCUCUCAAGUGCUGGCGGCACUUCCUCCUUGGGCGUCGUAGGUUCACAUGGGUCACAGACAACAAUCCAUUGACCUAUUACAAGACGCAGGACAUGGUGAGCAGCACGAUCGGACGAUGGAUGUACUUCAUCGACCAAUUUGACUUCACACCAAAGCAUGUCCCCGGCCUCUCCAAUCGCACAACAGAUGCACUCUCGCGAAGACCUGAUCUUUGCGCUAUGUCACAUCAUGCCUUCGCAUUCGACGAGGAGCUUCAUGCCACGUCAGCAGCGCCACGUCACAGUGCCAGAUCAGCAGUGCCACGUCGCAGUGCCAGGUCACAGUGCCACGUCAGCAGUGCCAUGUCACAGUGCCAGAUCAGCAGUGCCACGUCAGCAGUGCCACGUCAGCAGUGCCAGGUCACAGUGCCACGUCAGACUCAGUGCCACGUCAGCAGUGACGUCAGACAGUGCCACGUAAGCAGUGCCACAUCAGCAGUGCCAUGUCAGACACAGUGCCACGUAAGCAGUGCCACAUCAGCAGUGCCACGUCAGACACAAUGCCACGUAAGCAGUGCCACAUCAGCAGUGCCAUGUCACACAGUGCCACGUCAGACAAAGUGCCACGUCAGCAACAUGACGGGCCUGCCAGGCCAACUGGCCAAUGAGCCCAUUGCCGACUACAAAAAGCGCGUCCAUGCUCAGCUCGCUGCAAUUGAGGCUGAGGAACAACGCCAGCUGACAGUCAAGGCUGCCCAGCUACAGGCUGAUGAAGCGGCAACAGCAGAGAAGCUGCGGCUACAGGCCGAAGCAGACGCAGAUGCCCAGGCUCGCCGCAAGGAAGCCCAGGCUCUGCUGCAGCGGCAUGAAGCCAACAUCAUCGAGAAACUCAAGUUGGUUUACACAUGUAACCACCUACAGUCCGAGCUGGCAAACCUUCAGCGGGCCGUGCGGAAUCAGAAGACUAAGCACGAGGAUGCCACACGGGCACUGGACGCCCGUGUACUGGACCUGGAACAGGCUGUACCAGGACCAGCUGCUGGGGCUUCCAGUAGUGCAUCCUCUAGCCGCCAACUGGAGGAACGCGUUGACCACGUAGUGGCAAUGCUAGGAGACAUAAGUGUCUUCACAGAGCCGUCCACCAUCAGCCAGCGGUUCGAGUUGUUGGACUCCAAGAUCAGUCAGCAACAGCAGACAGACCACAGCCGCAACAACAGCUCGGCGAGGCCAUACAAGAUGCCGACGUUCCGGAUCGAGAAAUUUGAUGACUACACACAUCAAGACCCGGUCGUCUGGUGGCAAGGAUUUACAACGGAGUUGGGGAUUCAUGAAGUCCCUGACCAUCUGUUCAUCAGUGCUCUGUUCAUCAACACCAAGGGAGGUUGUCAAAUCUGGCUUAGCCACAUGGCAACCAUCCACGACAUCCAGGUUUCAGACCUAUACAAGAAGCUCUCCUGGGAGGACAUGACAAAGGAAUGGAAGAAGCGGUUCAUCGUCGACGAUGCCCCGACACUCGCCGUCAAUCGCAUCUUCACGAUGGCUCAAGGGAGCACACCGACACGUGACUGGCUCACAAAUUGGCAGAAAAUCGUGGCGACGCCCGAUUUGGACUUGUCAUUUCCGCAUCUGCGGCGUGAGUUCUACAACAGGUCAUGCGCCGCUCUCAGCCUCGCACUUGGUGAUCGCGAGCAGUACAGCACUUUCGCAGAGAUCAUCAACAAGGCGAGAGAGCUCAUCAAGACUAACAGGCCGACUGCACACGAGAAGUCCACGUGGCAGCCCACCUAUGUGGAGAAGGUACGAACUGGUCCGCGACAGCAGCAGUUCGUUGCAGUCCAGUCGGACGGUGGAGAAACCCAGCAGCCACUCCAGCAUCAAGUGACGAAGAUCAGGUGGAUGCUGUCCUGCCUCGAAGCAACAACAAGUCCCGCAACAAUGGGAAGGCGAAAYCCGCAUCGCAGGCCGGAAAUGGACAGCCAGGGCAAUUUCCAUGGGUCAAGUUUGGCUUGACCGAGGCGGAGUACAAGGUCCGCGGCCGCUACGGCAGCUGCUAUUGGUGCAACAGCACCAAGCACAAGACCUCYYUGUGCCAAGAUCAG